AUGGGUAUAACUGCGACGAAGGCCACUGAGUCAACAUCCUGUUCGCACCAGUCUGACGAGGCGUCAUCUGCGGAUGCAGCACAACACGAGGGCCAAGCUGUUCUGGAACAAACCGCUGUCCCUGACGCAGCAGUUGGACAGCCGGAAACCGUGACCUCCGAAGGGGAAAUGUCGAGCUCUACAGCAGCAUCUCCAAGUAGUAUGAACGAUACAAGCGAC